UGGUCCUGCGGGAAGAAGUGUCCCGGCUCCAGGAGGAGGUCCACCUUCUCCGCCAGAUGAAGGAGAUGUUGACAAAGGACCUGGAGGAGUCACAGGGCGGCAAGUCCUCCGAGGUCCUGUCUGCCACUGAGCUCAGGGUCCAGCUGGCCCAGAAGGAACAGGAGCUCGCCCGAGCCAAAGAAGCCUUGCAGGCCAUGAAGGCCGACCGCAAGCGCCUGAAGGGCGAGAAGACGGACCUGGUGAGCCAGAUGCAGCAGCUGUACGCCACGCUGGAGAGCCGUGAGGAGCAGCUGCGUGACUUCAUCCGCAACUACGAGCAGCACCGCAAGGAGAGCGAGGACGCCGUCAAAGCCCUGGCGAAGGAGAAGGACCUGCUGGAGCGGGAGAAGUGGGAGCUGCGGCGCCAAGCCAAGGAGGCCACGGACCACGCCACAGCGCUGCGCUCCCAGCUGGACCUUAAGGACAACCGGAUGAAGGAGCUGGAGGCCGAGCUGGCCAUGGCCAAGCAGUCCUUAGCAACGCUGACCAAGGACGUCCCCAAGCGGCACUCGCUCGCCAUGCCUGGCGAGACGGUGCUCAACGGCAACCAGGAGUGGGUGGUGCAGGCGGACCUCCCGCUAACUGCAGCCAUCCGGCAGAGCCAGCAGACUCUCUACCACUCUCAUCCCCCCCACCCUGCAGACCGGCAAGCGGUCAGGGUGAGCCCCUGCCACUCCCGGCAGCCCUCUGUCAUCUCCGACGCGUCUGCCGCCGAAGGCGACCGAUCGUCCACGCCAAGCGACAUCAACUCCCCUCGGCACCGGACACACUCCCUCUGCAACGGCGACAGUCCCGGCCCAGUUCAGAAGAACCUGCACAACCCUAUUGUACAGUCACUAGAGGAUCUUGAAGACCAAAAACGGAAAAAGAAGAAAGAGAAGAUGGGAUUCGGCUCCAUCUCGCGCGUCUUCGCCAGAGGGAAGCAGCGGAAGUCCCUCGACCCCGGCCUCUUUGAUGGUACCGCCCCUGAUUAUUACAUAGAGGAGGACGCGGACUGGUGAUACCCGCCUCCCUGCGCCUGCCGCGCGCAGGCGUGUCUGUGCGUGUGGACGUGCGUGCGGGGGAGGG